AUGGCGGCCCCGCAGCCCCCCGGUUCCCCCUGGGCCGGGCCGGGGUCGGGAGCGGCCCCCGGAGCCCCCGGAGCGGCGCGGGCCGGGCCCUGCUGGGCCGCCGUGCUCGGCUGCCUCAGCCUGGCCUGCUCCUACGUGGGGAGCCUGUACGUGUGGGGCAGCCCCCUGCCCAGGGACCACCCCUCGGUCAUCAAGCGCCGCUUCACGAGCGUCCUGGUGGUGUCAGGGCUGUCCCCAGCCCUGGUGUGGCUCUGGAAGGAGCUCACGGGGGUCAAGGCUGACACCCCCCUGCCCGCGCUGCUGGGGCUGCGCCUCGAGGGGCUCGUCCCGGCCACGCUGCUGCCUCUGCUGCUCACCAUGAUCCUGUUCCUAGGGCCUCUGAUCCAGCUGUCCAUGGACUGUCCCUGGCGGUGGCUCGAUGGCAUCAGGGUGGUCCUGGACCCGCGGGUGUGGGCGCUGUGCCUGGGGGACGUGCGCUGGCUGCGGAACCAGGUGGUGGCGCCGCUGACAGAGGAGUUGGUGUUCAGGGCCUGCAUGCUGCCCAUGCUGGUGCCCUGCACGGGGCCCGGCCCUGCUGUGCUGGCCUGUCCCCUCUUCUUUGGGGUCGCCCAUUUCCACCACGUGAUCGAGCAGCUCCGCUUCCGCCACGGCUCCGUCGGCAGCAUCUUCAUGGCAGCAGCAUUCCAGUUCUCCUACACAGCCGUGUUCGGGGCCUACACGGCUUUCCUGUUCCUCAGGACAGGUCACCUGGCCGGGCCGGUGCUGUGUCACUCCUUCUGUAACUCCAUGGGGUUCCCGGCGCUGGGCGCGGCCCUGGGGCACCCGCGGCGCCGGGCGCUGCUCCCCGCGUACCUGCUGGGAGUGCUGGGCUUCCUGCUGCUCCUGCACCCCCUGACCGAGCCCGCCUUCUUCGGGGUGGGGCACGUCGGGGCCUCCUCGGCGAACAGCCCGAAGCCUCCGCGGGGCUCCAGCGGCGCCAAGAACAGCGGUUCCCGCAUCCCCCCCAGCGCCGGGCCCAGCGCCGCCCCCUCCCCAAAUCCCGCCGCUCGGGGCGGGGGAGGCGGCGGUGGCGGCGGGGGAGGGGGCGCGGGGGGGCGGCGAGCACCGUCGGGUUCCUCGUCCGAGAUCACGAUGGCCUCGGCCUUGAUGGCACCGAUCGGGGCGAGGGGCGCGGCCCAGGGACCCCCGCCCGCGGAGGGGGGAGCGGCUCCGGGCCCCGGCGCGGCCUCGCUGGAACUGCUGGGACUGGGCGGGGGUCGCUCGCCCCCCACCCCUGGCUGGGUCGUGUCGGCCGCGUCCACCAGCGGCGGCUCCGGCGGGGUCCCCGCGUCGCCCAGCGGGGGCUGUGGAGGCUGCGGCGGGGGCGGCGGGGGUGGGCUGGGGGCGUCCUCCUCGCGCUUGGUGCUGUCGGCCUCGGCCGGACCCCUCGCCUGCAGCUUCUUCUUGCACAGCUUGACCACGUCGUUCAUGUGCAGGUAACUGGCGGCGGCCAGCACGUCCUCGAGCGGGGCCGCCAGCGCCAGCCGCCCCUCGUACAUGAACUCCAGCAGCAACGCGAAGGCCGGAGCGGUCACGAU